AUGCCACUCACCCACCCAUUGAUCAAAGACGGCUGGUUCAGAGAGGAGAGCGACGAGUCCUUCCCCGGCCAGGCCAUGCGCCUGAGGGUCGCCGAGAUUCUGCACGCGGAAAAGUCCAAGUUCCAGGACGUGCUCGUGUUCAGGUCCACAGACUUCGGCAACGUCCUCGUCCUGGACGGCAUAAUCCAGGUCACCGAGCGCGACGAGUUCGCGUACCAGGAGAUGAUCACGCACGUGCCGCUGUUUGCGCACCCCUGCCCGAAGAAAGUGCUGGUUAUCGGCGGCGGAGACGGAGGAGUCCUCAGAGAGGUGUUGAAGCACGACUGCGUCGAACGCGCCACUCUGGUCGAGAUCGACGAGUCGGUCAUCAGCCUGUCCAAAAAGUACCUGCCAAAUAUGGCCAAAUCGCUGUCGCACGAGAAAGUGCAGGUUGUUCUGGCAGACGGUUUCGAAUACCUGAAAAACACAGCUGCCAAGGACGAGGCCGACAAAUACGACGUCAUUGUCACGGACUCGUCGGACCCAGACGGCCCCGCCGAGGCGUUCUUCCAGAAACAGUACUUCGAGCUGCUCUACAACGCGCUCAACGCCAACGGAAUGGUCAUUUCGAUGGCGUCCGAGAACAUAUGGCUCAACAUCGACAAGCUCAAAAGCCUCAAGGACAUCUGCAGCCAGGUGUUCGCGCAGAAUCGCGCGGAUCUUGGCGACAAGACCCAUCAGCGUAAAGCCAAGAGCCAGGUACUGGCCCAGCUCCACCACCGCGUAGAAUCUGUAGUAGCACGUAGGCAGAAUGCGCUGCAGCAGAUAAUUAAUCACAGUCUGGAGCUGCUGUUUUUUUCGCUGCACCAGCUGCGCCGCCUGCGUGGCGCUGAGCGUGCGCGUUUGGAAUUUGGGGAAAUGCAAUCUCGUGAACUUAAGCGAGGACAGCUGUCUCUUGCCCGUGAUCUCGUCGAUGUCGAUGCACAGCUGCAGCACCGUGCGCAGGCGCCGGUGCAGAAUGUUGAAGUGCUUCCACCACAGCGACGACCGGUGCUGGUUCGAGUCCCGGUGGUACACCAGGUGCGCGAUCUGGUACUCGUUCAGCAGCGCCGCCUCCAUCCAGGCUGA